GGAGCCGCCUUCCCCUUCAAUUUCAUGUUAUCUAAUCUUCCACACCCCGAAACACACAAAAUUCAAGAAAAUCUCCAAAACCUUCAAAAACCCAGAAGCCAAAAAUCAGAUAACGUAAUUAACAAAAAUCAAAUUCAUGGAGAUAUCAUCUUUUACUCUGUCCACUCCAAGAUCCCCACUUUUUCUCCCUUUCCAAUCGUCCCAAUCCACCUUCUUGUCCAGCAAUGGCACCACCUCUUUGUCCUUCAGCAAAAGCACUGUCAGUGGCAGUGCUUUGGUUCUGAGCAGAAGCAGAACGAGAACCGAGAGAGCCCAGAAGGGUAUGACGUGUAACGCUCUGUUUGGUCUGGGGAUGCCGGAGCUUGUGGUUAUAGCCGGUGUGGCGGCUCUGGUUUUUGGGCCCAAGAAGUUGCCUGAAGUGGGGAAGAGUAUUGGGAAGACUGUCAAGAGCUUCCAGCAGGCAGCAAAGGAGUUCGAGACAGAGCUUAAAAAAGAACCCGAGGGCCUCACAGAGACACCGACCGCGGUGAGUGAAGAAGAAAAACAAGAAGCCAAGGUCCCAAGCUCACAGGAAAACGCAUGAGGUUUUAGUGAUCACUCAAUCCGACACAUUCUCUAUUUUUUGUUGUGCUGUAAGUUUAGAACAAGAAUAAUGCAGAUCAGUAUUCUCGUUCUUUAUUAAUCUACUUGUAGUGUUCUGCGAAUAUGCCAAGUUAGAUCACCUGAAUAUCGUUUCUUUUCAUCGGAAGGGAUUUGUAGCUUAGUUGAUUAAGCGCAUUUAUCCUUGGUUAGACCCGAACACCUGAGUUCGAAUCCUACCCCCGCACCAUCACUUGUAUCAGAAAACUCCUUUCUUUAGUUAAGGAUAGCUUUGCACUU